AUGCACCACAGCACUAAAUGGAAUCCGGAUGUAAUUCUUUUGUGCAUCACUAGACCAACGAUCCAACGUUUUCAGGAGGUUAUUGGGUACUCCACGCCAGGCACUAGUAGUAGCAGCUCUAAUCAGGAAAGUGUGGUUAGGGAAAAGUGCUCGUACUCAACAGCUAACGAGCGACUGCCCAUCAAGAGUCCAAUGGUUAAAAGAAGAAAGAAUGGGACAACUUCGAGCGUUAAAAAUGUUCAGGUUGCCGUGUUGGGGAAAGAUGGAGUAGGGAAAUCAGCGUUUACUGUUCGAGCAUUAACACGACGUUUUAUUGGAGAAUACGACACCACGUUAGAGUGCACAUAUCGUCAUAAUGUGGAGUUGGAUGGUCAGUUUCUGUCUCUUGACGUUCUGGACACAGCAGGAAAGAACUCCUUAGAAAAGAUCGAUAACUGCGUUCACACUGGAUCAGACCUGUUCUUCGUCCUUUACUCCACCAUUGACCGAGCCUCAUUCGAAGAAGCCUCUCUGCUUUGCCAAUACCUUCUGAAAACCAAGAAUGUUAACCCAGCCUGCCUGGUUCUUGUGGGCAACAAAAGCGACCUGAAGCAUUUUAGAGAAGUCGAAGAAUACGAGGGAAGAUUGUUAGCUCAAGCCCUGGAGUGUGGCUUCUGCCAGUUAUCAGCGUCCGAAGGAUUCGAUGACUCUCAAAAUGUUCUUUACAACACUCUUCGGCAAUUCGUGAACACGCAGAAACACGGAUCACCUUCCAUUAGGGUGUUUAUUGACAAUGUGUUAAGCCGAAAGAAGUCGAUGUCGUAGUGCAUGUUAGAGGGAAGCAUAUGAUUGUAUAUCUGGAAAUAUCGAUCAGUGGAGUGGCAAAAUGGUUGGAAGGGGUGGUAGAGAUGUGGAACGGGAUGGAUACUAGUGAGGUUGUUUUGAUUAUGCUGAUCUCUCCACGCUCGCCCCAUCCUCCCAAUAAGGGGGGCAACCCUUCCUCUGUCCCUACCUGACUCCCUGUCGUGUCACAUACAUACAGUAUACAGUGGAAUCCCGAUUUUCGAAGCCUCGUUUUUUCGAACCUCCCGAUAACUUGAACCAAAA